AUGCGGCUGAGGGGCCGCGGGCUGGCACAGGGCCCGGACGGGCGGGUGAACGUGACGGUGCGGAGCGGGCUGCCCAUGGUGGUGUCGGGCUCGGCCGAGCCCUGCGCUCAGCUUCACGUCUCCUCCAUCGGCGUGGUGGGCACGGCGGAGCAGAACCAGCGGCACAGCGCCCGCUUCUUCGACUUCCUGACGGCGCAGCUGGGCCUGGGCCCCGAGCGGAUCGUCAUCCGCUUUUACCCGCUGGAGCCUUGGCAGAUUGGCAAGAACAGAACAGUCAUGACGUUCCUGUGA